GAGGGCUGCCGUCGCGUCGGCCCGGCCGAGUCGGGGGUGGGGCUCGGAGGCGGAGGCUUCCGCGGGUGGCCGUGGGCUGGCGUCUGUGCGGCCUGCUCCGGGCCAUGUCUGCGUGAAGACGCCGCCGCUGCCGCCGCCGCCCCCGUCCCACUCGGUCCCGGCCGGGCCGGCCCGUCGUGACCAUGGGCUCCAUCCUGAGCCGACGCAUUGCGGGCGUGGAGGACAUCGACAUUCAGGCGAACUCGGCCUAUCGCUAUCCCCCGAAGUGCGGAAACUAUUUUGCUACACAUUUUUUCAUGGGAGGUGAGAAGUUUGACACCCCCCACCCUGAAGGUUAUCUCUUUGGAGAAAACAUGGAUCUGAACUUCCUGGGCAAUCGCCCAGUCCAGUUUCCUUAUGUCACCCCCGCUCCCCAUGAGCCAGUGAAGACACUGAGGAGCCUAGUGAACAUCCGAAAAGACUCGCUUCGGCUUGUAAGGUAUAAAGAUGGUGCCAACAGCCCCACCGAGGACAGCGAGAAGCCCCAAGUCCUCUACAGCCUGGAGUUCACCUUCGAUGCUGAUGCCCGGGUGGCCAUCACCAUCUACUGCCAGGCGGUGGAGGAGUUUCUCAACGGGAUGGCUGUGUACAGCCCCAAAAGCCCUGCCCUGCAGUCUGAGACUGUCCACUAUAAGAGGGGGGUGAGCCAGCAGUUCUCUCUGCCCUCCUUCAAGAUCAACUUCUCAGAAUGGAAGGAUGAAGAGCUGAACUUCGACCUGGACCGGGGAGUGUUUCCAGUGGUCAUCCAGGCCGUGGUGGACGAAGGAGACAUUGGGGAGGUGACUGGCCAUGCCCAUGUGCUGUUGGCUGCCUUUGAAAAGCAUGUUGAUGGCAGUUUCUCCGUGAAGCCGUUGAAGCAGAAGCAAAUUGUAGACCGGGUCAGCUACCUGCUGCAGGAGAUCUAUGGCAUCGAGAACAAGAACAACCAGGAGACGAAGCCUUCGGACGAGGAGAACAGUGACAACAGCAAUGAGUGCGUGGUGUGCCUGUCGGACCUGCGGGACACGCUGAUCCUGCCCUGCCGCCACCUGUGCCUGUGCAACUCCUGUGCCGACACGCUGCGCUACCAGGCCAGCAACUGCCCCAUCUGCCGGCUGCCUUUCCGGGCCCUGUUGCAGAUCCGGGCGGUGAGGAAGAAGCCAGGAGCCCUCUCUCCCGUCUCCUUCAGCCCCGUCCUGGCCCAGAGCGUGGACCAUGACGAGCACUCUUGUCCCUUUAAAAAAUCAAAGUCGCACCCUGCCUCACUGGCCAGCAAGAAACCUAAAAGGGAAACUAGCUCAGACAGCAUCCCGCCGGGCUAUGAGCCCAUCUCUCUGCUUGAGGCACUCAACGGCCUCCGGGCCAUCUCCCCGGUCCUCCCCUCGGCUCCCCUUUAUGAAGAGAUCACCUACUCGGGCGUCUCGGAUGGUCUGUCCCAGGCCAGCUGCCCCCUGGCUGGGCUUGAUCGCAUCAUGGAAAGCAGCCACCAGAAGGGCAAGUCGCGGAGCAAAUCCCCCGACAGCACCCUGCGGUCCCCAUCGUCCCCCAUCCACGAAGAGGACGAGGAGAAACUCGCCCAGAACCCGGACGCCCCUCCCCUGCCGAGCGGGGCUGGGCUGGUGCUAAGCAGCUCCCCAGAGAGUUUCCUCACGGAGGAGGCUGAUGAGAGGUCAUCGCUAAAGCAAGGGAGCCGUGUGCCCUCCAUUGAGAACGUCCUCCAGGAUGGCAGCCCUGAGCCCUGUGGCUGCUGCCAGCCUGGCCCACCUACCGACAUCUACCUUCCAGGAAGGCCCACCUCUGCGGAGACCCGGAGCCUCCUCACCACUGGCCCCACCUUGCCUCUGUUUGGUGGCCCCAGUCCUGACGUGGAGGCCACCGACGGACUCAACUCUGAGAGCCUGGCCAGGCUGGCAGCAUGGAGCCCUCAGCUCCCCAGACUUUGCCAAGGGGCUGUCUGGACUCCAUUGAGACCCCUGGCCUCUCCUCUGUGCACCCUCCAUAGCCACUGCUCCAGGGGGCCCUGCGAUCCUUGAUUGAAGAGCACAGAGGACUGUCCCCUCUGACAAACCUUUUCCUGCCGUCUCUGUGUUUGUAAAUGGUACACGAUGGAGGACAGCCCCUUUCUGCCUCAGGCACUGAGCCCUGAGUUCCCCCAAAUGUCUUGUUGGCUGAGUUGCUGGGGCUGGAGGCUGGCCACCCACCUGUCCCAGAUUGGCUUUAUCCAGCCCCCAGCCAGUGGGAGUUGACACCUGAGAGAAUUUGUCGGGGGGUGAAGAACUAUCUCACAGGGGGUAUGACUGGGGGGCUUGUUGUUGGGAAAGGAAAGGAAGUGGGUCCGAGUCACGGUCAAUGAAGGAAACGGUGCCUGUGCCCUUCCCCUGAGUCCGUGGCCUGGCUGGCACUGCUGCUUUGUGUCCCCUGUUGCUUCCCCUCCCGCCCAGGCCCUUUGGUGCAGGGCUGUCUCCUGUAGCUCGCAGCCCUGCCCUGCGGCCCUGCGGCAGCCUGGGUUCUGCACUCAGGCCCAGGUCUGGUUCUGGGCCUGCCUCUUCCCAGGGGCAGGGGGCAGUGCACAGCCUGUUGGCAGCAGUCGGUGUAGUGGCCCCUGCACCUUCUCAGAGGUGGCUUUGCACACGUCCUCAGACCCCUCCAGGUGGAGGGCUUCCCCUCAGCUUGUCCGCCCGUUCAGGGAGGGAUCUGAGCAACCUUUCUGCUCCCUCUGUGUCAUUUAAAUGUCACUGGUGUUCCUCUUUGAUUUGUUCUGUCUGGGGCUCCCGUGAUGGGACCUGCCUCCUGGAGAAGGUCCCAUUUGAAGUGGUCUUGUCGUUUUCUGAAGAUAAACCACCUGGGCAAUAGAAAAGCAGAGGAGGCACAGGCUGCCCGAGCAGGGACCUUGGCCUGGUGGGUGGGUGGGUCUGUGCAGCUCCCCAAGGGCCAGUACUUUUGGGCCUUGGAUUAGUGGGUGCAGAGGAGCUCGCUUUCUGAGGAUGAUGGUCUGGGAGCAUCCACAUGGCUGGGGGCUUUGUCCAUAGGGUCCUGUUCUCUCUCCGGUGGGCUGUGAGCAGAACGCUGCCUUAUGCACAGCUCUCGGCCACACUCGGGCCACCUUCCUCAGCCACUUGGCUCCCCUGUCUCCCCUCCCCUCCCGCCCACUGGCGUACUCAUGGGUGCACAUGUGCACACAUACAGGCUGGCUGUCUCUCUCGCCCUCAUCACCCACCAACUCCCUGGCCUCGCCAUUGGCAUUGGUGCCAGAACUCCGAAGGACAGGAUGCAGACUACCCUGUCUUGGACUUACACAUGUUAUCAUUUGAUGUAUUCUGAUUGGCUAGUUUUUGUUCGUUUUUACUGUAUAUUUAUAGUAAUAAAAUCAUGCAGCAAUA